GAAGAAAGAGGCUCCUCCCACCCAAAAUGGCGACUUAGAGGAGAGUCCACGCUGGUUUGUUGACAUAUCUUUAAAAACCCAACCUUAUGCUUCAUUAGUGGAGCUACAACCACAACAACCAUGUCGAGACUCAUCGUUAAAAACCUCCCCAACGGGAUGAAGGAGGAGAGGUUCAGGUCCAUGUUUGCCGCCUUUGGCACAGUGACCGACUGCUCUCUGAAGUUCACCAAGGACGGAAAGUUCCGCAAGUUCGGCUUCGUGGGCUUUAAAGCCGAAGACGAUGCGAACAAAGCUCUGAAACAUUUCAACAGGAGCUUCGUGGACACGUCCAGAGUGACGGUGGAGAUGUGUAAGGCCUUUGGAGACCCCACUAAGGCCAAAGCCUGGAGCAAACAUACCCAGAGCUCAGGCCCGGACAAACCCUCCACUCCUGCAGACACUGACAGCAAAAAGAAAAAGAAACAGAAAAAGGAAACCAACAGCGCACUUGGAAAUCUGGAGGAGGACCAGGGAUUCAAAGAGUUUCUGUCAGUACAUCAGAACAGAAGCCAAGUACCAACGUGGGCGAAUGACACCGUGCAGCAAACACCAGACCCCGACAGUGGACGGACAAAGACUCAGAGCAAGAAGAAGGUUGCUUCAGAUGAUUACCUCAACUUUGAUUCAGACCAGUCAGAGGAUGAGGAGGAGGAAGAAGACCAGGAUGAAGAUGAAGGUGCCACUAAAGAAGCACUGAAGUCCGGCUUAUCAGAUAUGGACUAUCUGCGCUCGAAGGUGGCGCAGACGGAUGACACCAUGGAGGAGAGCGAAGAGAAGGAUGACGGUGAAGCUGGUGAUGGUGAUGAAGAGGAGGAUCGUGGUCCUGUACAGCACACAGACAGCGCCUAUGAAAGUGGUGACAGAGAAAACACCUCAAAGACCAAACCCUCAGUUUCCUCUGAGGAUAAGCAGAGCAAAGUGAAGAAACCCGCCAAGCAAGAGAUGGAGCCAGUGACAGAGUUCACGGUGAAGCUGAGAGGAGCCCCGUUCAGUGUGAAAGAGCAACAAAUUCGAGAGUUCAUGACCCCACUGAAGCCUGCAGCAAUCAGGAUCGGGAAGAACGAAAGUGGAAAUAGAACAGGUUACGUAUAUGUGGAUUUACACUCUGAAGAACAGGUGGAAAAGGCCUUGAAGAAGAAUAAAGACUACAUAGGUGGCCGUUACAUUGAGGUCUUCCGUGUGGAUGCCUCUGGGGGUAAGGGCAAGAAAGACAGAAAGGACAAAGAAAUUGACAGAAACUUCACCAGGAAGCUCAAGGAAGAUGAGGAGGAGGAAGAUGUCGCAGAGUCAGGUCGACUCUUCCUCAGAAACCUUCCAUACACCUGCACAGAGGAAGAGAUCAAAGAGCUAUUUUCUAAACAUGGUCCGUUAUCCGAGGUGCUCUUCCCUAUUGACAACCUAACCAAGAAGCCUAAAGGAUUCGCUUUCAUAACAUACAUGAUCCCAGAGAAUGCUGUGACAGCUCUGGCUCAGCUGGACGGACAUGUAUUUCAGGGCAGGAUGCUUCACCUGCUUCCGUCCACCGUGAAGAAGGAAAAGACAGACUCUUCAGAUGCUGGUGGUCCCGGCUCUUCAUCUUACAAACGGCAAAAAGAUGCUAAAAGUAAAGCUUCAAGUUCCAGCUCCCACAACUGGAACACCCUGUUUCUGGGCACAAGUGCAGUGGCAGAUGCCAUUGCUGAAAAAUACAAUACCACAAAAAGCCAAGUCCUAGACCAUGAGUCUAAAGGAAGCGUUGCUGUGAGGAUGGCUCUGGGAGAGACUCAGAUCGUUCAGGAGACUCGACAGUUUCUACUAGACAACGCUGUCAGUCUGGAUUCCUUUAGCCAGGCGGCAGCAGAAAGGAGUACAACUGUGAUCCUGGUGAAAAAUCUUCCAGCUGGAGUGACGGUGUCAGAGUUGGAGGAGCUCUUCUCCCCUCACGGCUCUUUGGGCCGAGUGCUUCUGCCUCCCUCAGGACUCACCGCCAUCAUCGAGUUCCUCGAGCCAACCGAGGCAAAACGAGCCUUCACUCGGCUGGCCUACAGCAAGUUUCAACACGUCCCGCUGUAUUUGGAGUGGGCACCUGUGGGGGUGUUUGUGGCAGCCAAACCAGUACCAGAUGAGGAGGAGGAAGAGGAGGAAUCUGCUCCUGGUUCCACACUUUUCAUUAAGAAUCUUAAUUUCAGCACGACGGAGGAGAAACUUCAGGAGACAUUCUCCAAAUGUGGGAAGGUCACGUCCUGCUCCAUCUCCAAAAAGAAAGAUAAAACAGGCAAGAUGUUGUCCAUGGGCUACGGUUUCGUCCAGUAUCAGACAGCAGAGGCAGCACAGAAAGCUCUGAGGCAACUACAGCACUGUUCUGUGGACGAUCACCAGUUAGAGCUGAAGAUUUCUGAGAGAGCCACAAGGACUACUGAGGUGUCACGCAAGAAGAAGCAACUUGAGAAGAAACAGACUGGAUCCAAGAUCCUUGUGCGCAACGUCCCCUUCCAAGCCACUGUCAGGGAAAUUCGGGAACUCUUCUG